UUCAAUUUUCUUAAAUUAGCAGGCUAAUGUGUUCUGAAGAGCAGCCCCACUCAGAUCCCAUCUUGGGGGGUAGCAUUCCAUCACAAUAUAAAACCGGCAGAUCCAUCAUUUUUCCCUCCACUCUGUGCUCUUGACUGGAGAUUGAAGGGAAAAUUAGAAGCUGUUCAUUUGGGCUCGCAGGCUCAGCAGCCCUGCUAGCAGCCCUGCUAGCAGCCCUGCUCAGCUUGCUUUCUGCUCUCCCCCGGCAUCCUGUUGAAGGAGGGCAAGAGCUGAUAUCUACGUGAUUAGCUUCUCUCAAAAUUCUGUUUUGAACAUCGAUAGUAUGGAUUAUCCCAAAAUGGAUUAUUUUCUGGACGUUGAGUCUGCUCAUAGGCUCUUGGAUGUGGAGUCAGCACAGAGAUUCUUCUACAGCCAAGGAGCUCAAGCUCGCCGGGCGACCCUGCUCCUGCCUCCCACAUUAAUGGCGGCUUCUUCGGAGGAUGACAUAGACCGGCGGCCCAUCAGAAGAGUCCGCUCCAAGAGCGACACGCCAUAUCUCGCAGAGGCCAGGAUCUCCUUUAACCUGGGGGCAGCUGAGGAAGUGGAGAGGCUGGCGGCAAUGCGUUCUGACUCGCUGGUCCCGGGUACGCACACCCCACCUAUCCGGAGGAGGAGUAAGUUUGCCAACCUGGGAAGGAUUUUCAAGCCUUGGAAAUGGAGGAAGAAGAAAAGUGAAAAGUUCAAGCACACAUCAGCAGCUCUGGAAAGGAAGAUAUCGAUGAGGCAGAGCAGAGAGGAGCUGAUCAAACGAGGAGUCUUGAAGGAAAUCUAUGAUAAAGAUGGAGAGCUCUCCAUUUCGAAUGAUGACGACUCCCUGGAGAAUGGCCAGUCUCUGAGCUCCAGCCAACUCUCCUUGCCUGCCCUGUCGGAAAUGGAGCCUGUACCAAUGCCCAGGGACCCCUGCUCGUUUGAGGUGCUCCAAGCUUCAGAUAUCAUGGAUGGACCAGUGUCUCAAGAGAGUCCCUCUGCCAGUGAGUCUGGAGUCCUCCUGUCCCAAGAUCCUUCAGCCAAACCAGUUCUGUUCCUGCCCCCAAAAAAACCUGCUGCUUUCUCUGGAGACCAUGAGGAGACCCCAGUGAAGCAGCUGUCCCUUCUCAGGCAGCCCCCGGCCCUGCCUCCCAAACCCACCGCCCGGAUUGCCAACCACUUAACAGAUCCUGGCGCCCCUGUGAAAUUGCCUUGUCUGCCAGUGAAACUGUCGCCUCCGCUACCUCCAAAGAAAGUCCUGAUCUGUAUGCCUGUAGGGGGGCCAGAGCUCUCCCUGGCAUCCUACGCAGCCCAGAAGAGCAGUCAGCAGGCCGUGGCCCAGCACCACCACACUGUCCUGCCAUCCCAGAUGCAGCACCAGCUGCAGUAUGGCAGCCAUGGCCAGCACCUCCCGUCCUCCACUGGCACCUUGCCCAUGCACCCCUCGGGCUGCAGGAUGAUCGAUGAGCUGAACAAGACACUGGCUAUGACCAUGCAGAGGCUGGAAAGCAGCUCCGAGCAGCGAGUCCCCUGUUCCACUUCUUACCACAGCUCUGGUUUGCACUCAAGUGACAGCGUCACCAAAGGAGGACCCCUGGGACUUCCGGAAAUAAGACAAGUGCCAACUGUUGUGAUUGAAUGUGAUGACAAUAAGGAAAACGUGCCUCAUGAAUCCGACUAUGAAGACUCAUCCUGCCUGUAUGCGCGGGAAGAGGAGGAAGAGGAGGAGGAGGACGAUGAUGACACUUCACUGUACACCAGCUCUCUGGCCAUGAAGGUCUGCAGGAAGGACUCCUUAGCCAUCAAACUCAGCAACAGGCCCUCUAAGCGAGAGCUGGAAGAAAAGAACAUCCUCCCCAGACAAACUGAUGAGGAGCGGCUGGAGCUCAGACAGCAGAUUGGCACCAAGCUCACCAGGCGGCUGAGCCAGAGACCCACUGCAGAGGAGCUGGAGCAGAGGAACAUUCUGAAGCCUCGGAAUGAACAAGAAGAGCAGGAGGAGAAGCGUGAAAUCAAGAGGAGGCUGACUCGCAAGCUCAGUCAAAGGCCCACAGUGGAAGAACUUCGAGAAAGGAAGAUUCUCAUCCGCUUCAGUGACUAUGUGGAGGUGGCAGAUGCCCAGGACUAUGACCGCAGAGCGGACAAGCCAUGGACCCGACUCACAGCUGCCGACAAAGCCGCCAUUCGAAAGGAACUUAAUGAGUUCAAAAGCACUGAAAUGGAAGUCCACGAGUUGAGUAGACACUUGACAAGGUUUCAUCGACCGUAACAGUGGGAUUACUCUUGAGUGCUCUGCUGUCUUCAAAACAUAAAUUUAUAAGAACCAUAAGUGCUGGCAUUUGUCCACUUCCCCAUUACGAUGUAAAUCUGAACUGCCUUUUUUUAAAAAAAGAAAAAAAA